CGCGCUCCGAUGCGCGCGCGCGCAUCGCGGGCGUCGACGACGUCCGCGACGGGACGGACGACGACCGCGACGCGCGCCGGCGGGCGCGGCGCGCGCGCGACGCGAUGGACGACGCGCGCGAACGACGACGGCGCGGCGAACGAUUCGACGACGACGACGACGACGACGACGACGGGCGCGCGCACGCGACGCGCGCUCGCGCGCGACGCGGCGUCGAGCGCGAUCGCGGCGAUGGCGUGGCGCGCGCGCGCGGCGGGCGCGACGACGACGGUGACGUACGAGGGGAGGACGCGGCCGGCGUACGCGUUCGACGCGGCGCUGCGGGUGGCGACGCUGCGGCGGAGCGCGCCGCCGAACGCGGCGAACGAGUUCUCGAGGACGCAGACGAACAGGGUGAAAUUUAAGAUGACGGCGGUGGCGAGCGUGGGGGAGAUUUACGGGAGCCUGGCGAGGGGAGGGAAGAAGACGAGGGGGGCGGACGCGACGACGCUGGGCGACGAGUGGUUGGCGCCGGCGAUCGCGAAUGGGUUGAUACGGCCGAUUCCGGGGGCGGAGUCCUCGGCGUGGUUCGCGAGGUUGUCGCCGGUGUGGCGAACGCUGGUGCGGCGAGACGCGCGCACGGGGAGGGUGAGCGCGGGGGGGGAGAUUUACGGCGCGCCGUACGGGUUUGGAUGCGCGGUGAUCGCGUACAGAAAGGAUAAGCUGCCGAAGGGGGUGAAGCCACCGCGAGAUUGGGAGGAUUUGUUCGAUCCGAGGUUGAAGGGUUUGAUCGGGAUGCCCAACGCGCCGCGGUUGGUUUUGAGCGCGGCGCUGAAGGCGGAGGGGAUGUCCGCGAACGCGAGCGACAUCGGCGGCGCGGACGGGCGAGUGAGCGCGCGCGUGCGCGCGCUGCGCGAAAACGUCAAGGUAUUCGAUGACUUGCAAUACACGCAAGCGAUCGCGUGUGGCGAUUGCGCCGUCGUCAUCGGGCCUUCGGAGGAUGUAUUUUCCGUCGCCCGUCGAUCGACUCUGAUCGGUCUCGCGGUGCCGAGCUCGGGAACGACGCUGUGGAGCGAUUGUUGGGUCGUGCCCACCGCGACGGUGGCGAACAAAGGCGGUGGUCCAUCGCCGGUCUUAGAGCAGUGGAUCGAUUACACGCUUCAGCCGGCGCGCGUGAACAUGCGGGUUGGCUUGAAGGGGGGGAUUUCGCCUCUCAUGUUUGACGGCCGCGGCGUCGACGGCGGUUACGCUAGGUACCCCAACGUCGCUCGUCCCGUGCUCGGGAGUGAUGACGGCGAUAUGCUAAAAGGUUGGAUACCAGACGACUCCGUGUGGUCGGCGAGCGAGUUUCAGCUUCCGCUCAGCGACCGCGCGCGCGCACAAUACGUCGCGAUGUCACAGGCCAUCGUGCGUCGAUGAAAU